AUGUUCUGGUGUCAGACUGGGGAAUCUGUGCUUAUUUUAAAAGGCCCUCAAGGGAGAAUCAAUAGAGCUGUUUGGGGACCACUUAACAAGACUAUCAUAAGCUGUGGAGAAGAUGCUAUAAUUCGUAUUUGGGAUUCUGAGACAGGAAAACUUCUUAAAGAGUCAGACAAGGAAUCUGGUCAUAAGAAGACAAUAACAUCUCUUGCUAAAGCUGCAGAUGGAUCACACUUUCUCACUGGUUCCCUUGAUAAAUCUGCUAAGCUUUGGGAUUCGAGAACAUUGACUCUUAUCAAGGCCUAUGUGACAGAGCGCCCAGUCAAUGCUGUUGCUAUGUCUCCACUUCUUGAUCAUGUGGUGCUUGGAGGUGGUCAGGAUGCUUCAGCUGUCACGACAACUGAUCAUCGUGCUGGGAAGUUUGAAGCCAAAUUCUAUGACAAGCUUCUUCUAGAAGAAAUUGGAGGCGUGAAAGGGCACUUUGGACCUAUAAAUGCUCUAGCUUUCAAUCCUGAUGGUAAAAGUUUCUCGAGUGGAGGUGAAGAUGGUUAUGUUAGGUUACAUCACUUCGACCCAGAAUAUUUCAACAUCAAAAUCUAAAUUUUGGAGCAUUUGUAUAAGAAUCAAGCCUUGCAACGACUGGAAGAAAUAUUGUUGUUUUGUCUGUGGGAGGAGCACAGUUUUGUAGAAGUUUAUAUUAAUGCACAUAAAUCAGGCGUUUAAUGUUGCUUGUUCUGAGAAUUGCAUUUGGAAUUUAGUAUAUUAUUAUGAGGUGAUUCUAAUUCA